AUGCGUUCCGUUGGUGACACUGUAAUUCGUUAUUGGCCAUUAUUUCUUGUUCUUUGGCCAUGCAAAGGGUGCAAGCCCAGUGACUUGCGUAUAUUUCUCAUCUCGGAUACCCACCUAUUAGGUGACCGUCGUGGUCAUUGGCUCGACAAACUGCAAAGGGAAUGGCAGAUGUACAGAUCGUAUCAUUCAGCUGUUCAACUUCUGUCACCCAAAGCUGUUUUCUUCCUAGGUGAUCUGACGGAUGAAGGUCAAUGGGGAGAUCACUACACAUUCCACAAAUACGCAGACAGAUUUGAUUCGUUGUUCGGGUUUUCUGGGAAGAGACCGGAGGUUCACGUUCUAGCUGGAAAUCACGAUCUAGGAUUCCAUUAUGCGAUAUCGCCAUUUCGAGUUGACUGGUUUAAGAAGCGUUUCAACAGCAGCUCUGUAGAAGUGGUCGUCAUCGGUGAACAACCCUUCAUACUUCUUACAUCGAUGGCCAUGCACCGUGAUGGUUGCAGAUUCUGUCACGAUGCAGAGACUGCCAUUCAAGCCCUUGCGGAUGAACUGACCUGUGCCAAGAGCGGCAACUGUGGCAAUAAAACUUCUCGAUUUCUGCCAUACCGAAGGCCAAUACUAUUGCAGCACUUUCCACUGUUUAGAGUUAACGAUGAUGAGUGUUUGCGUGACGACGACUUUGACCGUACCGAUCCUCACCAUCGUAUUCGUUAUCGACCCACAUGGGAUUCACUUUCUGAUGAAGCCACACAAUUUCUGCUAACUAAGUUAAAGCCUCGAGCGGUUUUCAAUGGUCAUACUCACAGCGGGUGCAAAAAGAGAUGGACAAAGCCGGUAGAGUUUUGGGAGUAUACUGUCAAUUCUUUUUCAUGGCGCAAUGGAGAUGGACCCACUUUCCUUCUGGCUACGAUUUCCGAGAAUGACGUUCAUGUUAACGUCUGUCAUUUGCCGCACGAAUCGACGAUAAUUCAGUUAUUUUAUAUCACUGGCUUCAUAGUGAUCAUAUGGCUGCUGCGAAAGUCUGCACCUCUCAUAAGGUCACUCUGCAGCAGAGCAAGAAACUUUCCGACUCGCCGAUCGCCCUCUGCGGAUAAACUUAUAAAAACCGGGUAACCUCGUCGCAUAAGAAUUGUAUUAUAGAUUAAGUCGUGU